AUGAAUGUCCAAUUCGCUAUCGCCCUGUUGCUCUGCCUCAUCGCAACAUCUGUUGCCCAAAAAGCCAAAGGAUCGCCGGAAGUACUUCCAGCCGCUAUGUACGACGGAGACGUCAGCCACGAGAGCUUGAACAAGAUUAGCAGCCAGUUACUGAACGCUCUCGCUGAGUUGGAAGCAUUGCAGGAGGGGAGCCAACAACUCAAAAUGGCGGAGAAACGGCGCAACAAGUUUGAAUUCAUUCGAUUCGGACGGAAAUAG